AUGGCGCCCGCCUUGAACCUCCCACCGCCCUCCAAAGGCAACGCGGCAGACGGCGACACCCUCUCGCCCUCGCCCGCACCCGCGGCCAAGCCCAAGUUCUCCUCCGGCGGCAUCAUCUACCCGCCCCCCGACAUCCGCACCACCGUCGACAAGACCGCAGACUUUGUCGCCCGCGUCGGCCCCUCGUUCGAGGCAAAGAUCAAGUCGGCAGAGAGCAACAACCCAAAGUUCAGCUUCCUCAACGAUGAUGACCCUUACCACGCCUACUACCAGCAGCGCAUCCACGCCGCAAAGAGCGGCGAGGCGCAACCCACACCACCGCCCACAGGCAGCGGCCAGGCACCAGCAUCUGCCCAGAAUGGCGCACCAGAUGCCGAAUCGGCCGGCCAGCAGCAGUCCGAGCUAGACCAGGCGCCCGAGGAGCCGGAUCCGUUCGAGUUCUCGGCCGAUCUGCCCAACAUCACUGCCAUCGACCUUGACAUCAUCAAGCUCACCGCCCUCUUCACCGCCCGCAAGGGCCGGUCCUUUGCGUCGGCGCUGCAGGCGCGGGAGGCGCGCUCGUUCCAGUUUGAAUUCCUUCGCCCCUCGCACUCGCUCUACGGCUACUUCAACCGCCUCGUCGAGCAGUACCAAAAAGUGAUGCAGCCGCCCGCUGAGCUGCUCGAAAAAGUCAAGCUCGGAGCCUACGGCACCACUGACGACCACGCUAGGUCCUUGAUCGGCAUCGGCGCCGGGGGAGCCAGGCCGCGCCUGCUCGAGGAGGCCAAGAAGCGGGCUCAAUUCGAGAAGUGGUCCCGCGAGAAGCGCAAAAAGGCAGACGAGUUGGAAAAGCAGCAGCAGGCCGCGUUCGACGAGAUCGAUUGGCAGGACUUUGUCGUCGUCGGCACCGUCGAGCUGACCGACGCCGACCAGCACGUCGACUUGCCGCCGCCGCGCUCGCUGCGCGAGGUUGAGAGCAUGACGAUGGCGCAGAAGCGCAUGGCCGCCAUGAUCAUGGAGACCGAAGGUGGAGCCGCGGGAGAGGAAGAGAUCGAGGAGCUCGACAUGCCGGGCAGCACAUCCACGCGGCCUGCCGCCAGCACAAGCACUAGCGCCGCCGCCGCCACCACCGUCAAGAAGCAGGAGGAAGAGGACAUGGAAAUGGAGAUGGACAACAGCGGCGACGAGGGUGCCGCCCCCCCUGCUGCCGCCUCUGCUGCCCCACAAACCGACGUCAAGCGUGCCGACGGUGCGGCGCCGAUCAAGAUCCGCAAGGACUACGUGCCGCGAGGCAUCGUCGGACGCCAACAGGGCCCGCAGAUGACCCAAUGCCCCGUCUGCGGCGAGCAGAUUGCCGUCGACGAGAUGGCCGAGCAUGUCCGCUUCGAGCUGCUCAACCCCAAGUACCGCGAGCAGCGUGCCGAGCUCGAGGCCAAAAAGGCGCAGCAGGCGGCACUGCAGGCGGGAGCCGACCCCACCCACUUCCUGCGCCAGUUUGCCUCGUCGAGGACCGACAUCUUCGGCACCGAAACCGAAGAGGCAGCACGGGCACGGCGCGAGGCCGAGGAGAAGCGCCUGGCGCGCGAAAAGGAAAAGAUCAUCUGGGACGGCCACGCCCGCAGCCGCGAGGUGGCCAAGGACAUGUACCAGAAGAACAAGGACCUCGAGGACCAGAUGAACCAGCUGCACCGCAAGCCCACAAAGGCCCCGGCGCCGAGCUACGGUCCACAAUUUCCCGUCCCGGCAGAUGGAGCAGACGACGAUGCGGCGCCGGCCAGCACCGUACCUCUGGUGCCGCCACCUGGUUCCAGCCUGCCACCGAGGCCGCUGCUACCCGGCGAGGUUCCACCAGCAAAGUCACCCAACGACGCCGCAUCAGGCUCGCCGGCUCCCGCGCCGGCACCCCCGACGAUGCACCCUGCCCGCAUGGCUGCGCUUGGACAGGGAAUUCCGUCAGAUGCCUCGCCCGUGUCGGGGCAAAAACGACCUGCCGACGGAGAACCGGCCGGACAGCCUCCGCAGCAACGACCGGCGCUCGACGGCCCCGCGGGCUCGGCCUCGCCUCAGGCGCCGCCGGCAGAAGAGGGCCUGACAAAGUCCUCGGACGGGAAGCUGCACCCGGAGGUCGCUUGGCUCGCCGCGCAUCCAGAGCCAGUCAAGGUCAAGGUGCGCCUCCCCGACGCGCCUUCGGUCUCGUCGCACGCCGACGGAUCGGUCCUUGACUUUGAGAUCGCCCCGACGGCGUCGAUGGGCAGCAUCCGCGACUGGGUGCACGCGUCAGUGCUGCAUGCCCAGAUUGGCGCGAGCCGGCUCAAGCUGAGGGUGGGCGGUCGGCCCGCGACGCUCAAGAGCACCGCGGCCAGCUGGAACCUGGUCGAGGGCGACGAGGUCGAAAUUGCGCUGGGGAAGUGA